AUGGCCCCGCCGCCCAUCGGGUUAGAUGUGACCGCGCACAAGGAGGAGCUGAACGUGACGGACGCCAAGAAGAAGACGAAGCUCCGCGUGCGCUACUACGUGGAGCUCGUCGUGGGCCCGCCGCGCGAGAGCCACACGCGCCUGGGCUUCUCCGGCUCCUUCCAAGCGCUCAUGCGGCUGCACCGCGAGUUCGUGCGCCUGUACGUGGAGAAACACGGGGACCCCCAUGGUGGGCUACUCACGGGGCGCGAGAGCUUCUUGUCGAACUCGUCGUCCACGUCGCGCUCGUCUGUGUCCUCCACGUCCAAGGGGUCUCCUAGCUCCCUCUCCAAGUUCGUGCGGCACACGUUCGGCCUCAAGAAGAAGAGCACAGAGGCGGAAACUCAAGCAACUGCUAGUAACCAGCACACGCACCACGGACACCACCACCAACCGUACCCGAUGGCACAAGAACCUCCUGGAAUUGCACCUUUCCCGGCCCAGAACAAGAUGCUGGUUCAUCUCGAGAGUGGGGAGGCUAAGGACGAUGCCAAAAUCGAGGCCCGCAACGCAGCGCUCUUCGAGUACUACUCGCAUCUAUUUAACUCGGACGAUGGCGAUAUGUAUCUGGAGCUCGUCCACCAGCGCGCGCAAGAGCGAGCGGACAAGAACAAACGUGGAAUAGUGGAGAACCAGUCGGACGACGGAGCCGCACCGUCUUCCCACAGCAGUGGUGGACUUCUCAAGCUGUUGGGCCACCACCCGAAACAUGAAGACGGCAAAAACAGCAAGCACGUGGAGUUCUUUGAGCCUGUGUAUGUUCGUGCAAGGGGGAAGUCGCGCGGGCGUCGAUCUACU